AUGUCGCAGCUUCCAUCAGUUCACUGGGGUAUUCUGACCACCGGCAAGAUCGCUUCCUGGUAUGUGGCCGACCUGAUGCUGUCUCGCCGAGACGCAAAAGUUCGCCAUAUCGUGCGAACCAUCGGAACCUCGGACGUGAACAGGGGAAAACCUGCCUCGACGCAAUCGCGGCAGGUAAACACGUCCUCUGCGAAAAGUCCUUUAUUUACCCUUAAUGCCCGCAAGGCCCGGGAGGUCUUCAACGCAGCCAGAGAGAAAGGCGUCUUCAUCGUGGAGGCAAUGUGGCUACGCCAUCGACCGCUGACUCGCGAGCUGCAGCGUCUGGUCCAUGAGGAAAAGGUCAUCGGCGAGAUCUUCCGCGCAACAUCCGACUUUGGCUCUGAGCUGGAUAUCCCCAGCCUGCCACUCGACAAAUACUACCGACAGAACGCGAUGGGCGCGGGCUCGCUACUCGACAUGGGCGUCUACUCGUUGCUAAAAUCGAAAAUGCCGAAGAUCCUCGCGGCGCAGACGGACUGGGAAGAUGUCGAGACCAACACCAGCGCUAUUCUCCAGUUUCCGUCUACCGGCAAGCAGGGUAUCAUGACGUCCACAGCCAAGGUGACUACCAACUAG